UGCUGCGGGCGAAACGCUCGCGCUCCUCGUUCCAGCCGCAGUGGAGUUGGCGUGAAAGAGAGAAAACAAUGUGUAACUGACAGCUCGGAGAAUUAUUCACAUCUUCCACCGAACCGGAAGGAGACACCUGUGACGAAGCCAAGGUUCCUUGGAGAUAGAGGAAUGCAAAUCUGCAAUCAUGAUGGAAGGAUUGAAAAAACGUACCAGGAAGGCCUUUGGGAUACGGAAAAAAGAGAAGGACACUGAUUCCACAGGUUCACCAGACAGAGAAGGGGGACCCCAGAAGAAGAGCAAUGGAGCUCCCAAUGGAUUCUACGGCGAGAUUGACUGGGACCGAUAUAACUCUCCCAUGGUGGAUGAAGAAGGUUAUAGCAUCAGGCCAGAUGAAGAUGGAGCAACCCCGAAAGACAAGUCCCACUUCUUCUCAUCCAGUGAGUCGGAGGAAGAGGAAGACCACCACAAAAAAUUUAAGAUCAAGAUCAAACCCCUGCUUGCUGACAAUGCUGAGUUUGUGGCUCCUUCAGUAGAUGAAUUAAAAGCCUCCAUAGGCAACAUAGCUCUGUCUCCUUCUCCUCUGAGACGUAGCCCGGGUCUGCCAAAAAGAGAUGCGACUAGUGAAGAAAUCGAAAUUGCACGACCAAGACGUUCAGUUCCUACUAUUACUCCUGUCUCAGUCCCUGCACCUGCACCAGUACCUGAACCUCCCAGCAGUAAGAAAUCUCCAGUGCCGGAGGAUGCGAUAGCCUUAUUUGGCCCCCCGUUGGAGACAGCAUUUGAAGAGCAGAGGACUGAAGCACUCCCUCCUCUUCCACCCAAGAAUGUACCGACUUCCCCCCCUCCGAGCAACACUACAAGCCCAGAUUCCUCCGAUGUGAAAGCAGAGGACACUUCACCAAACACACACAAACCCUCCAUAGCGGAUCUGGACAACAUUUUCGGCCCAGCAGACUCCCCUAAACCUGCAGACAGUACCGCAGACAAGUGGGUCUGCUUCAACGAUGAGUCUCCUCAAAGACCAGCGCUACCAGAAGCGCUAGCUCCUUCUUUACCAAAAUCUUCUCCACCUCUUCCUGAAGAACCUGCCCCUCCUCUUCCUCCAACCGAACCACCAAGAACCACCACACCCUCUCCUCCAGCCCCCAUUCUGUCACCCAAAGAUCCUUCUCCCCCUAAAGUACCACUUCCUCCAGAUGAGGUAGCCCCGCCUCCUCCAGACGAACCUCUCAAGCCUAAUGCUGAAUCAGCUCAGCAUAUUCCCGAUACAGAGGCGAGGUCUGGCUCAGCCAAGACUCCACCUAGCGCUCUGGAGAUAACCGCACGUACAAUCCCCCCACCCCUGGCCCUUAAUCAGGAAGAUAAGAACAACCCUGAGGAAGGCAAUCCAAAAGAGAGCCCAAAUGAAAGCAGUGCUUCACCCAAAGAGAUUGAUCAGGGCCCUAGAUCAACACCACCGCCUCCUCCACCCCCUACAUACAGGGCAGUGGUGUCAUCUCCUGGGCCUACACCUGCAGUCACGAGUGGAGGAAGUGGCAGCGGCUCCUCGUCCCCUGCACGCCCUGGUACACCACUGACUGCCAGCAGCCCUCCUCCUCCCCCUCCGCCUCCACGGCCGCCCUCCCGUCCCAAACUGGCUCCUGGGAAAGGCAGCGUAGGGGAUGCGAAUCGGCCCUUCAGCCCGCCGGUCCACUCGUCAAGCCCUCCGCCUUUGGCACCGCUGGCACGAGCAGAGAGCACCUCCUCCAUCUCCUCUACUAACUCCCUCAGCGCUGCCUCGACACCCACUGUCGGUAAAGAGCUCUCCGUGUCUGUGUCAGAUGACGUUUUUGUAGACAAACUGCCCAGCUUUGAGAGGCGAGCUGACCUCCUAGCAGAGACAGACCAGCCCUCCCUCGUAUGGUUUGACAGAGGCAAGUUUUAUUUAACCUUUGAAGGCUGCUCUCGUGGGCCCAGUCCCCUCACCAUGGGCGCCCAGGACACCCUGCCUGUGGCCGCAGCAUUCACAGAGACAGUUAAUGCUUACUUCAAGGGAACUGAUCCCAGCAAGUGUGUGGUGAAGAUCACGGGUGAGAUGGUGUUAUCCUUCCCGGCUGGCAUCACCAGGCAUUUUGCCAAUAAUCCGACACCUGCAGUGCUAACUUUUAGCAUAACCAACUACAGUCAUCUGGAGCAUGUCCUCCCUAACCCCCAGUUACUGUGCUGUGAUGCCACCCAGUCCAAACCCAACUCCAAGGAAUUCUGGGUGAACAUGCCAAACCUCAUGACCCACCUAAAGAAGGUGGCUGAGCAGAAACCUCAGGCCACAUACUACAACGUAGACAUGCUGAAAUAUCAAGUAUCAGCGCAGGGUCUUCAGUCCACUCCUCUGAACCUGGCCAUGAGCUGGAGGUGUGAGCCCACCAGCACUGACCUGAGAAUAGACUACAGAUACAAUGGCAAUGCCAUGACCACACCAGUGGCCCUCAAUAACGUGCAGUUCCUCGUUCCUGUUGACGGAGGAGUCGGUCAGCUGCAAGCUGUCCUUCCUCCAGCUGUCUGGAAUGCAGAGCAGCAGAGAAUCCUGUGGAAGAUCCCGGAUAUCUCUCAAAAGUCUGAGAACGGAGGCGUUGGCUCCUUGUUGGCCCGGUUCCAGCUAACGAACGGCCCAAGUAAACCAGCCCCUCUGGCUGUGCAGUUCACCAGCGAGGGCAGCACACUGUCAGGCUGCGACAUCGAGCUGCUCGGCUCCGGAUAUCGAUUCUCUCUCAUCAAGAAGAGGUUUGCUGCAGGAAAAUACCUGGCAGAUAACUAAUCUGCACCACAGCCCCAUGCAGAGGUGUGUGUCUUUCUGGACUAACUGAAAUUUACUCGAACCGUAGGAGAGAUGAUGGCACUAUCCUCCGCCGGCUCUUUUGGGGAUUCCCUUUAUAGAUGUCUGACCCAGGCGGAGGCCGUACUCCAGCAGUAUUUUUAGGGUGUACUUCUCGUAUUUGUAAAAUCGUAAACAUUUCAGAACUGUAUCGCUGCUGUUAGACAGCACGGGUUUCUCCUAAGACUAGCCUCUCGUCUGUCUAACGUCUAAUCGUCAAACUCUUUGGCUGUGGCUGCCUGAAUACUUUCUCUCUUCCUAGCAUGCUGUCACUGUUAAGCUAUUGAGUAAGACGGUGUGCCUUGAGGAGGACAAGAAGCUCGAGGUCUUUCUGCUGAUAGAAAAAUCUAGAAUCUUGCAGGUUUUCCAAACUGAAAGUGACACGAUGCUUUCAGCGAUCGGGAUUCGACCUGCUGCUUCUUGACAUUUGUCUUAUUGGCACUAGAGGGCAGAUAAUUUUAGAUACUUUUGAAUUUCUAACCCAUUCAGGUUCUUCAGUGCAAUCUUCAAAAGUCGAAUCAGGCAAAGGAAUGGAAAGAUGAUCAUGAAUGAUGGUCGCAGCAGAUUUAAAGCAUUUAAUGUGAAAAUCGCGUUUCUGAGCUCCUGUUUCGGCAGCCACAGCUGAACCUAUGUCUUGCUUGCGAUUGUAUUAAAAAAAAAAAAAGAAAAAAGGAUUUCUUUCAGUUGCAAAAAAAGAGCUGUUUAAAGUGUAAUUUUAAAUGGAUAAUAUAUAUCUUGAAGGGCGUUUGGUGUUUUUCCUCAUACUGGUGAAUAGCCUUUCUGUUGUUCCUAAGACAGCAGUGUUAGACUUCUGAGUACAUCACUCUAUUUUUAUUUAUUCCUGAUCAUUUGUUGUACAAAAAAAAAGAAACAAAAAUUUAGUGACUGUAUAUGUAUAAACUUUGAAUGGUAUCACAGUUUAGGAUCCUUAAAGUUAUAAAUAUUUGAUUUUUUGUUAUCUGUGUAGUUGGGUAACCUGUGUACAGUAUAAUGCGGAGGUAUAAUUUUUACAUUUAUUUCAGAUAUAAUUUUUUAAACUCAAGUGCAACAGAGAAUCGAGCUGUAUGUAUAAGGGUGGGGUGGGGGGGGUAAAAGUGGCUGAAUACUGUAUCUGUGUGGGUGGCUCACGCUUUCUGGAAGCAGUGUUAUGUAUUUCUGCACUCUUAGUCGAAACAUGAAUUGGUUUUGGACAGUUUAAACACUUGUACCGUUCACACCAUCGUGCUAUAUUCAACCGUUCUCAUCUUCAUGUGCAUUUUCUUUAACGUCUCAAGCAUGAACCCUUGUCAAAUGACCCAGUGCUUGAGUUCAUGGAUUUAUUUUGUGAAUCAUAAUGUCUCUGUGAGAUGAUGAGGAUGAGGUUUGGCAAGUGGUUAGGAUGACCAAAAUGCUUCUUUUUCUUUCUUUCUUUCUUUCUUUCUUUUUUUGUAUUUGAGUGUAUCUCCAAAAAUUGUCCCCAAGAGAGAAUAAGCUGCAUAUUUUUAAAUGUUAUAAACUAUUAAUAAAGUCAUAAAAUAUUGUUUCUUGUGGAAAGAAUACCACUGUGCUACUUUUGAAUGUGCUCUGAUAUCUGAUGUGAAGAACAAAACCAUCCUCCUGUCACAUAAAGUGGCUGCUGUAGAGAAAACACUGGUGCUUUGAGGAAGUUUAUUCCCAUUCCCCCCCCCCAAUUCAUACCUGCUGUACGUUGUGAAGGAUCAAUGCACUGACCUUUAACAUGAACCCGAUGUUCUGCAUUGAAUUGAACCCGUUUUGAGAAUCCUGUGUGCAGAUCUAUAGCAGUGGAUGAGUUUCUCUCCGUAAUCCAAACUGAAGUAUCAUCCAGGCUGUGCUUGAGAGACAGGAAGCUGUAUGUCAGUCAGAUACUGUAAUUGAAGUGUGUGUGGUGUGUGAGUGUGUAUGUGAGUGCUCCUGAGGUUGUGAGCAUGUGUGACUGUCUGGUGUUUGAUCAUUCUAGAGUUUUCUUGCCAGCAACAUGUGCAAGCUGUGUUUUACAGAUGGUGUUAACAAUGAACCCGAGAUUCUUUGCUCUUUCCAAACCAAUAAAAGAUGUAAGCAGA